GUGCAACACUGAAGUGAACUGCAAUGCCUAUUGUACUCUAAGCCGAGGUUCUCUUCAUUACAAGGCGUAGCCAGGCGUCGAAAACAGCUCAGUUGACUGCGAAUUCGAGACAGAGCCCCACGUAGACCGCUAGAGAUCAGACAUUGGGUAUCUUUCCGUUAAGUUGGACACCAAGAACAUAGUCACCAUGAAGGUACUUCUGCUCGUUGCGAUGUGUGUCGGCCUGGUUUGCUCCGCCAGCCUCUUUGCCGAGGAACGCAGCCUGGAUGAUCUGAAGGCGCAGCUGGUCCGUGAAUUGAAGGACAGACUCGCCCAAGCCGAGCAAGAGGAGGAGCGCGAGGCUGUGGGCGAGACAGAGGCUGCAGAGCAACCGGCUGAAGAACAAAGAAACGACUUUGCUGAUGCCUUCCAAGAAACUGACCAGGAAAAGACCGACGAACGUAGCCUGGAUGAACUGAAGGCAGAACUGAUCCGUGCCUUGCAGGACAGACUUGAUCAGGCCGAGGAAGAGGAGGAGCGCGAGGCUGUGGGCGAGACAGAGGCUGCAGAGCAACCGGCUGAAGAACAAAGAAACGACUUUGCUGAUGCCUUCCAAGAAACUGACCAGGAAAAGACCGACGAACGUAGCCUGGAUGAACUGAAGGCAGAACUGAUCCGUGCUUUGCAGGACAGACUUAAUCAGGCUGAUAAAGAAGAGGAGCGCGAGGCUAUGGACGAGACAGAGACUGCACAGGAACCGGCUGAAGAACAAAGAAAUGGCUUUGCCGAUGCCUUCAGAGAAAAUGACCAGGCCGAGGAAGCUGAUGAGCGCAGUCUGGAUGACUUGAAGGCCGAGCUGAUCCGUGCCUUGCAAGAGAGGCUAAACGAAGGCGAGAAGGAAGACGAAGAGCGCCGGGCUCUGCUCCAGAAAGAGGCCGCUGAGAAACGUGCCCAGGCCGUAGAGGCCGAGGAGAAGGAACGCACAGCUCUCCUUGACAAAGAGGCCGAGGAAAAACGUGCCCAGGCCGAGGAAGCCGAUGAGCGCAGUCUGGAUGACUUGAAGGCCGAGCUGAUCCGUGCGUUGCAAGAGCGGCUAAACGAAGACGAGAUGGAAGACGAAGAGCGCAGGGCUCUGCUUGAGAAAGAGGCUGCAGAGAAACGUGCCCAGGCCGAAGAAGCCGAUAAACGCAAUCUAGAUGACUUGAAGGCUGAGUUGCUCCGUGCCUUGGAAGCAAGACUCAAUGAAGGCGAGGAGGAAGAGUUGGAACGUGCAGCUUUCCUUGAUAACGAGACCGAAGAGAAACGUGAAAACGAGGACAAUGUCGAACGGGAACUGUUUGAUGAGCUGGACGAUUUGGAGUACAAGUAAACAGCCUGCGCAUGUCACCUAGGACCCCAUGGUGAUCGGCUUCGCGCUUCUAAUGGAUUACCAUUAUUGAAUUCAAAAUUUGCUCUUAAACAUUGUUAUUAGUCCAUGCUAACCAAGAGACAUAUUUUCCCUACUGGAUGAAUCAAGUUCAACCUUGGGUAAUAAGGUUACGGCAAAAACGCUAACGCAGUAAAAGAAAUUCAAUACAUGUAAUUCUUAAAGUAAUUUUUCUUUAAGUCCAUCUUUGUUCUGCUCUUAAAAUUUUAAUUUUUUCCAUAGCAAAAUGCACCACCAAGUAGUACAUAAUACUUUGGAAACUGUGACACUUUAAACUCAACACUGAAGUGAAGGCCAUCCCUCAAGCGGUCAACGGUAUAAUGUUGAAGUAGGAAAAGACGUGCGAGUCAGAAAGGCUUUUCCUUCUGAGGUGACAUAGUGUUUUUACACAUGGCCGUGCACAUACCCUCUGACGUGCAAAUUUUACUGUAUUCAUAUUUAAUUUCUAUUUUUGUAAUUGAAAAUACAGAUAGCUAGAAAAUGUUUCAUUAACAAUCUUCAUUCCAAACAAUGUUUGAACUAAUUCAAAUCAUAUUAGUUGUACGCUUUCCUGGUUAAGGGUGGUUGGCCGAAACUGUUUUCUUGAAUAAAGAGGGUGAAGGGUACACUGGCUUGAA